AUGGAUAAUGCCAACCUGUGGACUCGCCGAGCAAACUCUUCCAAGUUGUCCCUGUCCAUGUCCGGGACGGAUGGCAAGGACGGUGCUCGUGUUGAAAUGCCCCGCUCAUCCAAACGGUUCGGCCCUGAUAGCUCCCACGGGCGCUCGAAUCCCUUUAAUGCCAUAUCCCCCAUGUCCGGCGGUGUCUCAUCCCCGUCCACGAACGCAUCAUCUGCUUUCGGUCUCGGAUCCGGCGCCUUCGCCUCAUUCGGCGCCCCGAAGACACCCGGCGGUACCUCAGAUGUGAAAACCUCUGGGGAGAAGCGGGAUUUCUCCGGAGACAACGAAGAGGCUCUCCAGGCCAAGGUCAUGGCCAACUCCGCGGUUGCCGGCUUUGGCGAGCACCCGCUCAAGUCUACCUGGAUUGUUUGGUACCGUCCUCCCACACCCAAGUACUCCGACUACGAGAAGUCGACGGUACCGCUCGCGUCGAUAUCGUCAGUGGAGAGCUUCUGGGCCGUGUACUCGCAUCUCAAACGGCCAUCCCUUCUGCCGACAGUGUCGGAUUAUCACAUUUUCAAGAAGGGCAUUCGCCCUGUGUGGGAGGAUGAGGCUAAUAAGCGGGGUGGCAAGUGGAUUGUUCGUUUGAAGAAGGGCGUGGCCGAUAGAUACUGGGAAGACUUGCUCCUGGCCAUGGUGGGCGAUCAAUUCGCCGAGGCUGGCGACGAAGUUUGCGGCGCCGUGCUGAGUGUGCGUGGUGGCGAAGACGUCUUGAGUGUGUGGACGCGAAUUGAUGGUGGGCGGAACAUUAAAAUCAGAGAAACAAUCAAGCGUCUGCUCGCCUUCCCUCUCGACACCAACAUCGUCUGGAAAAGUCACGACGACAGCAUUGCCCAGCGCUCUGCCAUCGAUCAGGCGCGCCAGGAGAAGGCUGCCGCGGUUGCAGCUAACCCUGGUGCCCACCUCGGAACCGAGCGACGGCGCAACACGCAUGAUGACUCGGAUAAAGGCAAGGGCGUCGCUCUUUCAUGA